AUGUCGACGACUGAGGAUACGAAUGAAAUCCGGCUGCCGCCCAUGCCUGAACUCACACCAGCGGAGUUCACCGGAAAAAGACAACCACUCAUUCCUACGGUAUUUGCAAUGAUGAUUUGGCUUGGCUCUGUACAUCUCAACACUUUCAUCGUUCUUGCUUCUUUCUUCUUUCUUCCUCUUCACAAAUUCUUUCUUGUUCUGGGAAUGCUUGCGAUCUUAAUGGUAAUCCCGAUUAACGAGAAUAGCAGAUGGGGCAGAGCUUUAGGCAGGUAUAUAUGCAAGCAUGCAAUGGGCUUUUUUCCAGUCACACUACAUGUAGCGGAUUAUAAAUCCUUCAAUCCUGAUCAAGCUUAUGUUUUUGGGUAUGAGCCCCAUUCCGUUUGGCCAAUCGGAGUUGUCACACUGACAGAUCUUACAAGUUUUAUGCCUCUUUCCAAAGCAAAGGUCCUUGCAAGUACAGCUGUUUUCUGUACACCAUUCAUGAGGCAUAUAUGUACAUGGCUUGGGCUAACGGAAGCUUCAAGGACAAAUUUCUCCUCUCUUCUAAAAGCUGGUUAUAGCUGUGUAAUAGUACCAGGUGGCACGCAGGAGACAUUUUACAUGGAGCAUGAUUCCGAGACCGUCUUUUUGAAAACAAGGAAAGGAUUUGUACGAAUUGCAAUGGAGAAUAAUUGCCCCUUGGUUCCUGUUUUUGCUUUCGGUCAGUCGUAUGCUUACAAGUGGUGGAAGCCACGUGGGGAAUUGUUCCUGAAAUUCUCAAGGGCUAUAAGGUUCACACCGGUCGUUUUCUGGGGUAUCUUAGGGUCUCCUUUACCCUUCCGUCAACCAAUACAUGUGGUGGUUGGCAGACCUAUACAUUUCAAGAAAAGCACUACACCUACCAUGGAAGAGGUUUCAGAAGUACACAUGCAGUAUGUGGAAGCACUUAAAGAUCUAUUUGAGAGGCACAAAAUGAGAGCCGGUUAUCCUCAUCUUAAGUUAAGAAUUAUCUGAAUGCAGUAUAUGAAAGUGACACAGGGUUUGCCAUUGUUAUGAAAAGUUAUAAGCAAUGUUGUGGUAAGAGUAGAUUUGUGCAUGUAUCCUUAGGUAGGUUAAGACCAUUUGUACUCGAUAUAACCAUUUGUGUACGUGGUUAUGUAGAUACAUCAUGAGUAAAAUUUCAAUAGUUAUGGUUAAUGAGUAAGGUGUCGUUUGUUUUUUCGAAGAG